AUGUCUAGCAAUCCACGAAGAUUACCCGAAAAUUUCGAUAACUGGUCUUCGAAACGCAAGCACAAUUGGAAAAAGCAAGGAAAAAAUGAAGAACGUCGUCAGCAAUACCCACCUUACCAUCCAGCAUCAGACAUCGACAUCAUCCACAUCCAUCAUCGCACCAACAUCCACAUCAUCGAAAAGCUGAUUCAACAAGCACAAGAAACACACCGCUACACGGUCGACACCGAAUCACAGACGAAUUAUGGUAGACCAAAUACAGGUGCGGUGAUUCAAAUACAAAUGGUCCACUCAAGGAAUUUCUCAACAGUCAUCUUGAUCGAGACGUUCCACCUAGCCGAUGCAACUUCAUCUCUCCUCGAACAAAUCAAGCAGUUAUGGAACAUCAUCUUCAACUCUGGAAACGAAAUCAUCAGUUGGGGCCCGAUUCGAAAAGAGUUUGACGAUUUCAAACACAUAGAAUGGGUGAAAAUAGGUAAGAUCAUUCCAAAGAAUCUACAAGCUCUAUUUCAGGAUCAAGAAGAUGAAGGUAUCACGCAUCCGGCAACGGAAAGUCGUGUCGGUAAUACCGGCGUAACAUGGGAUACACCUGGUGAUCAUGAUGAUGAUGAUUAUUAUGAUGAUUAUUAUGACGAUGGUGCAACAAAAAUUAAAUAUUCGUUGCAAACAGCAGUGAUUAUGAAGCUAAACCAAUUCGUCGAUAAAUCAUUAACAGUUAGUCAAUGGGGAUGCGGAUUGGACUGGGCACUUGAAACAUGGAGAACCAAAUUAUUUGAAAGAAGAUUUUAUGACCAACAAAUAGAAAAACAAACCCGAAGGAACAUGGAGGAUUAUGCGGUCUACGAUUGUACAUCCGUCACCGAAUUAUAUUUUCACAUGUACCAAGAACAAACCGACGAGUCACCGAAACAUUCCGAUCAUGUUAGUGACAUCAGUGAAGACGAAGAGAUUAUCAGCAUCCCGACAAAAAAGCAGGAAGCAACACAAGAAAUUGAACAACCGCCAGCACCUACAUUUAUUACUGAACUUGAUCUCGAACUUGAAGCUGCAUCUGAAUUCGAAGAAGAAUCUGCUCAUCCGUCACAACAAAUAGAAGAAUGCAACGGUGGAAUGUUGACGAAGCAAAGAAUAAUGUUGGAUCAACCCGAAUUAUUGAACAUGAUGGAUGAAGAUGAACUUUUAGAUUUUCUACGACCAACAGUUAUCCAACAACCACCUGCACCAGAACCCGAACGUCAACAAAAACCCGAGCGAACAGAAGAAGAAGCACGUCAACGCAAACAAGAAAUACAACGGCGGAAAAAUGAGAAACUCAAAUGGAAAAAGCAACAUCUCCCUCAGUUUCAACUGAAGAUGAAACGGCCGAUUUACGAAGAAUACGAUUAUCACCGGAUCAGAGCACAAUUGGCCGAGGACGAAGUACACCAUAGCCACGAAAUCAAGAUCGACGAUAGACGAAAUACAGUGUCCAUCGGAUUCAGAUCGGUCGAACAACAAGAAAAGGCCAAAUCAAUCGUGAAAAUUGAUUACUUCGGCAAGAAACAAUUCGAGGCGAGAUGGAAAAAACAACAGCGAUAA